GGAGUAUCAUUUUAAUUUUUAAUUUUUUGAAGCAACUUAAUACUAUAUCUUUCUUAAAACCCAACAUUUUUAGGAUUAUUAUCUCAUUUCAAUUUCAACUAGAGAUUCUCAAAUCCAGUUUUACUUGUUAUUUAAUCUCAAGUUGAUUUAAUUUCUUUCUAUAAAUCCCACCUAUCCUCUCUCUCUCUAACUCUCUCUCACACACACACACGUUUGGCAAAUGGAGAUGGUAGCUCAAAGGCUUUUGGUUAUAGUAAUUUUGGGUUUGUUUAGAUUAAUCCCAUGUUAUGCAGCAAUACCUGCAAAAACACAAAGAUUGAUUAAUAAGGUUAACAAAGAUGGGCCUUAUCUUGGAUUAGUGAUUCCAAACAUGUUUGAGAUGAACCCUCUUCUCAACCACCCUACAUUCAAACCUUCUAAUCUCACCAUUGAUUUUGCAGGAAAGAGAUUCCGAUUUGGAACCAUACAUGAAGAAAAAGUUGUACUAGUCAUGACUGGCCUUUCCAUGUUAAAUGCGGGCGUGACGACGCAGCUGCUGAUAAGCUUGUUGAACGUGAAAGGAGUGGUGCAUUAUGGCAUAGCUGGAAAUGUAAAUCCAUCUAUGAAUAUAGGAGAUGUUGCAAUUCCUAAAUUUUGGUCACAUACAGGCCUUUGGAAUUGGCAGAGGUAUGGAGAAGGGCCAGAUGAUGAACUACCCCUCGAAGCAAAUGGAGACUACACAAGAAAAAUUGGAUACUUAAAUUUUGCAAAUUAUGCUACAAAUGUUAGUAAUUGCAGCUCCAACGACAAUCUCUUGAACAAUGUUUGGUAUCAACCGGAAGAAAUUUUUCCGGUCGACGGCGUGCCGGAGCAACGCCAGCAUGCAUUUUGGGUCCCUAUAGAUUCCGACUACCUCCAAAUCUCCAAGAAGUUAGAGGGUUUAGAAUUGGAGAAAUGUGUGAAUUCGACAACGUGUUUGUCUAUUUCUCCCAAAGUGGCGAUUGUUUCAAAGGGUGCAAGUGCCAAUAUUUUCUUGGACAAUGCUGCAUAUAGAGAUUUUUUGUUUAAUAAAUUUGGAAUUAGCCCUUUGGAUAUGGAGACUGCCGCCGUGGCAUUGGUUUGCCACCAGCAGAGGGUGCCCUACGUUGCUUUCCGUGCGCUUUCCGACCUCGCCGGAGGCGGCUCGGCCGGCUCGAACGAGGCCGCCGCCUUUGCUCCGCUAGCGGCAGAAAACGCCGUUGCUGUGGUCGUGGAGUUCGUUAGGAUAUUGGCUAGUUUGGAGUCCGAAUGGUAGAAGAUAUGUCGAAUGGUAGAAGAUAUGUCGUUUAAAAUACACCAACUUUGAUCGAAUUUUGAUUUUGUAUAUUAACUUUAAAAAAUAUUUAAAGAAAUCAUUCAAAAUGCAAAAUAAAUAAAAAAUGAAAC